ACCAACGGCAACGGCCUGUUGUCUAUCGUGAACGCGCACCAGUCUCGCUGACAGUGCGCAUGCGCGUCGCGGAGACAGUUUAACCCCAGGUAGCCAGGAGCUAAUCGUGUAUUCUACAGAAUUUCAAUAGAAAUGGCACAUUACAGAGCCUCGGAGUCAAAGCGUGAGCAGUUCAGGAGGUACCUGGAGAAGGCCGGGGUACUGGACAGUCUGACUAACGUGCUGGUGGCCUUAUAUGAGGAGACGGAGAAACCCAGCAACGCCCUGGAUUUUAUAAAGCAGCACCUGUCUGCAGGAGAUCUGGACUCCAGCCAGGCCGAGGUUCUCCGAGUGGAACUGGAGGAACUACAGCAUAAAUAUGACCUGCUACAGGAGGAGAACCGUGAGCUCAGGAACCGGCCCUUUUUCCUCUGGCUGUUUCCCAUGCAAAGCACUCUUGGUCACUCCUGGUUUGGUUGAGACCACGCCCACUUCAGGUUUCAAUCUGAUACAGAUGCAGCUGCUGCAGUAUGAACCGGCUGCUGAAGAUGCAGGAGCAGAAUGACUGAGUUUACUUUAAUUUACUUUAAUUAUUAUUAUAAUUAUAAUUAAGAGCAAUAAUAAUGAUGUCAUUGUUGUGUUAAUUUGUGCAGAUUUAUGUUCUCACUGGUGCAGUGUGUGUGUGUGUGAUGCUCAGAAGGGUUAUUUAAUUUGAUAAACAGUUUACUGUUGGAUUUAUGAAUAAACACAAUACACCUUUUCUGCA